UUUACUAGUGUCAUGUUCUACGUCGAAUUGUUGCAAUUUAAAUUGAGUUAUUAUGUUAGUUCAUAUUUAUGCAACCUGAAACACUACAUUAGACUUAAUUAGUUCGGAUUUGUUUAUUAACUUAAGUGCCUUGUUUUUGUUAAGGUUCAAUGUACGAAGUGUAAUCGCUGUAGAUGUCAAACAGACACGAACUGGGAGAGUAUCUUGAUAUAGGAUGUCGUAAACGCAAAGGUUAUCUGUGAAUGUUUACCAACACACGUGGCUAAAGUGUGAGACCCACCUCGGUGAAAGGACAGUGUGAGCGGACAUGUUUGGUGUAGCUGCAACAGAUACAAGUAGAUGAUGGAUUCUCUGGACGUCCACGCAAUAAAGCAGCGAUGUCGAGGGAUAGCCUUGGCUGCCGUGCUCCUCCUGUCCGCCUUCUUCGGAUUCACCGUGUUCUCACCAUUGUUUUUAGCUGUGUUCGCCUUAAAACUACCAUUUGCUCGGUUUGUCGUCGAUUCAAUCAUCUGCACAUGGUUUGCACUGGCUGUUGCGACAUUUGAAACCGUUUACGGCAUUAAAGUUACAAUCCAGGGUGACGUCAGUAAACUGGAUGCGCACGCAUCUUCUAUUAUUGUUUUGAACCAUAGAACGCGUCUCGAUUGGUUAUUUUUUGCAUCCGUACAAGCGCGUUAUGGUUCACUGCGGAGGUUUAAGAUUUCUUUGAAAGAUAUGCUGCGCCAUGCCCCAGGUGCAGGAUGGGCGAUGCAAGCAGCACAAUUUCUCUUUAUGGCAAGAAACUGGGAGAGAGAUAAAAAUAGAAUAGAAGACUUUAUGAAAAGCUUCGAAGAUGUUCAGACCUAUCCACAGUUGUUGUUUUUCCCCGAAGGAACCGACUUACAACCCCAAAGCCUUCAGAGGAGUCAGCAGUAUGCAAAGAAAAACGAUCUUCCCGAAUACCACUAUGUGUUGCACCCGCGAACAACAGGAUUUUCAUCUCUUGUCCAAUCUAUGCAAGCUCACAACGACUUAAAGCAAGUCAUUGAUGCCACAAUUGCCUACCCUAGAAACAUAUGCCAGGACGAAUCCCAUCUACUUGCGGGUGAUCUUCCCCGCGAAAUUGUGUUCAAAAUAAACUGUUACAAUGUAGACCAAAUUGACACUAGCUCAGAAGCAGGGAUAUCAAAAUGGUUAGAACAGCGAUGGCGAGAGAAGGAAGACUUUUUAAGGGGGUUCUAUCAAAACAAAGGUACAUCUGACUGUCAAUCAAACGGCUUCACCGCCUGCCAAAAUCUUGAAGUAGAGAGAGUUACUUUUGUUCUGGGACUUGUGUGUUUGUCAGGAUGGAUUACCUGUAUCAUUGUUAUAUCAUGGGCCAUUGUUGUUAAUGUGUAUUGUUUUUGGAUGUUUAUUUUUGUUACGGUUAUUAAUACUGCCAUAAGCACCUUUAUUGGUUUUGAUAAACUUUACUCAAGAAUUUUGUCAUAAAUUCCAAUUCCAAAAAAUGAUAUGCAAUAUAUGUAGUGGACAAAGCAACCAUAUAUUUGGUUGACUUGUUGAAUGUUGUCUCUUUCUAGUGUUAACAUCGAAUGUGCUAUUAAAAUCCACCAAUAUUACAUAAAUCCUAAUCUUGCCUACAUUACUGGUUUCAUACAUUGAAUUGUUCUACAAAAUCAUAUAUUUAACGAUAUACGCAAACCCAUACAUACAUGAAAGUCUCGGUAGUGUUGUCCAUGUCCAUAGAUUCACAGUCGAAACCCGUUGGCUCGAACUCGCUUGGCUCGAAUUCCUCGUUGGCUCGAAUUGGAUUAAAAGGACCGAUAUCUUUAAACUGAUGGUAUGCAUUCCUGCUUGGCUCGAAAUUUUCGAGACUUCAGUUUAUAUCGCCGUUCCCUGGGAGUUCGAGCCAACGGGGUUCGACUGUAUCGCAUAUAAGGUAGGUCAUCUAAAGGCCGAUAAUCUAUGUGGCGGAUCCGUGGUCUAGAGGUAAAACUCUUGACUGUCAAUCCAGGGGUCGCAGGUUCGAUCCCCCGUCGCAUCACUAAAAAAAACUAAUCGUCUUCCGGGAGGGACGUUAAAUGGGGGUCCCGUGUGACAGUGCUAUACAAUGGUGCACGUUAAAGAACCAGGGUAGCUCUAACCAGGGUUACAUUCUGUCUGUGCACAUUGCUCCAAAAACCUAAAAUGACUAACAAUCUUAACGGAGCACUCUCCGAAUGGGCAAGGCCCGAGUGCGAGUAUAAAUAAGCUUACACACCCACACCCGAUAAUCUAUUUAAGGCACACACUAUAGGUUGAUGCAAAAAUUAGUGUUGGGAAUCGGUUUCAAUUUUACAAUCGAUAAUCGGUUCCACUCAAGUAACCGAUUAUCGAUAGUACAAUCGUUUUUUUUAAAAUACUAGAUAAAACCUAAAGUGAAGUUUUAUUCAUGCACAUUAUUAAACUCUUAAUCAUUAUAUGCAUAUACGUUAUGUCAAUGAUUGAAUUAAUUAAGUGUUAUAUAAAAAAUAGUUCAUUUCUACUUGCUCAUUGUGGCUUCAUCUGCCAUUUUCGAUUAUAAUCGAUCAUUGGAACAUCACUAGCAAAAAUACUGUUAUUUUUUAUUAAAUUUAAUGCAAUAUCAUGUAAUCCCACUUGACUAUAAGCGAUAGUGAGGUUCUUUUUAAACUUGGGAAUUUAUGGCCAAGUAGCUAUUAAUUAAAAAUAAAACCUUUAUAAAUGCUAAUAUCUUUCACCAAUUACCUGUACAAACAUAGUUUGCUUUUUUUGUGUUGAUCCUAUUAACAUUAACCUUUGUUGUCUGCCUUAAAAUGGUAUCUGCCAUUUCAAUUAAAAGUUUAGUGUUUUACUCUCCCGCAAAAAUAGGCGCUCUUGAGGACGAUGCAAGAAUCAAAACCACCCAGUACAAUAUGCAAUUACUGUAAUGUUACCAUUUUCCCAAAUGAUAUUCAAAUAAAUGUGUAGAUAUUGUUGAUGCAGUGGAUAUCGUUGUUGAUAUACAGUGCUUUAUUAUGUUACACCUUUGAUAUCUAUAUUCCUACUACAACAUGUAAAUGUUGAACUCAUAAAAGAAACAUUUGCACAGCGUCAGUAUACCUUUUAUAAAACUUUAUUUGAAAUAUUUUAUGUUAUACCAGUAAUUCAUUUUUUGUGAUCACUUACACAUUAAGUGCAUUUUGAAAUCUGAAAUAUAUAUGCAAUUAAUGCAUAAGGAUAACAUAGAUACUGGUACGGACAGUAUUGUAUGUUACGGGGUUAGUAGGUGACCCGAUAUGGGAUAUACGGGGCAAGGUAAACCAAAUCGGAUGAGAGCGAAACUCGAGCCCGGAUAUGGUUUCCUGCACCCCGUAUAACCCAUAUAGGGUCACCUAUUAGUCCCUUAACGUAUAAAUCACGGCGACAACCUGUUUACAUGUCUAAAUGUCUCAUUUAUUCAUCGGAAUCGGAAAAUAGACGCCAUUUUGGUACUAUAUAAAUUUCGUGAACCAAUAUGGAAACAUAUGGGGUCACCGCGUGACCAGUCCUGUACCCAUGGCGUUGCGUCAGUUAUGUUUGAGGCGUGAUCUAGAAACUGUCACUUUUAUUUAGUUACAAUUUUAAUGUUUAAUUGUUAAACUGUUUAUGUGAUAUUGUUUAUCCAAGAAAUGUUGACAUGAGUCUACCAUUCUGCCCAUAUCACACUUGUUGGAGAUUUGUGUCUUCAAGAUUUAUCUUGUGUAAAUAUAUGUAAAAUUAUACCCUUUGAAGUUAUGCAAUAUUUUACUGUAUGUUAAGAAUUUGAAUUUUAUGUUAACUGUUCUGCGUGUAACCUGUUAUUUGCUUGUAAAUGUCUAGUUGA